AUGGAUCGAUCUGAUGACUUCAUAUAUUUAUGUAAAAAAUAUGACAAAAAUAUAAUUUUUACAAGAAGAGUUUUAAAAUGCAAAGAUGAAUUUCUCAUUAAAGGCAGCGAAAUUUAUACAAAAUUAUUUAGUAACUGUGAUUAUAUAGAUAAUAACACAUUACAAAAAUAUGGUUUAUUUUUUGGUACUAACAGUAGUAGUAGUAGUAUUAAUAGUAACAAUAGCAGUAGCAUUAGCAGUUAUAGUAACAGUUAUGGAAAAGAAAAGAGAACAAGAAUAAAAAAUAAAGAUAAUUUAUUAUACUCCGUAAAUAAAAUAUCAGAGGAAAUAAAACUUUUUAAACCAAAAAAAGAAAUACAUAAAUAUGUUUUAAACUGCUUAAGUAAUUUGUUAAAUAUAUUUAUUGAUAUUGUUAAUAAGCAUGAAAACAAUUUGAGUAGUUAUUAUUUAAAAUUAAAUAAAUAUACAAAUUUAUAUUUUUAUGAUGUAAAAAGUAUUAAGUGUGACUUUUGUUGUCUUAACAGACUGAAUAAUCAUAUUUAUUCCUCCAAUUUGUAUGAUAAGAAUUUAAAAAAAUACAAAGAUGAUUUUGAUUUUUCCAUUCAAGUCUCUUCAAAUAAAGAGCAGAUAAAUUAUAACAUUAGUAAAAGUAUUAGUAAUAAUAUGGGACACAUAAAUGAUCAUAGGAAAAAUACAAGUACAAACAGUUGGGAUUGUAAUACAAAGUGCUCUAAUAAUGAAACUCUUUUUGAAGAUAAUACAAAAAAUGCAAUAAAUACAAAUAAUGGUGAUAAGGAUAGGUUAAAAUCAAAUUUAAUUCCUACAAAUGAGAAUAAGAAUACAAAUUUGAGGAGAAGAAAAGAUAAGAAGGUUACCUUUGAUAUGUACAGUUAUGUUGAAGAAGAGGAAGAGAAAAAAAAAAGAGAAAACAUGCAUAAUAAUGGUGUUUUUCAGGAUAAUUUCACAUCAAAUGAUAUUAACUAUCAUUCCAAUAAUUACAGUUGUAAUAAUAGUCAGACACUGGAAUUCAAAAAGUAUGUGGACCUUUUUGAAAAGGAAGAGAACACGUACAUAAUGGAAACCAAAAAAAAAAUAGCAAAAAUAAGUAAUUUGAUGAAUAUAUUUGUUAAUAAAAUAUAUGAGCAGAAUGAAAAUUUAAAAAUGAUUGAACAUAUAGUAGAAGAAAGUAUAGAAAAUGUGUCUCAAGGAAACACUUAUUUAAACAAAAUUCAGAAUAAGAAAAGCAUGAAUUCCCUUAUAUUUUUCGUUUUAAUAUGCACUUCAAUUUUUUUGUUUUUAUUCGAUUUUUUCCGAUAG